CGCUGCGUUUGCCUGAAGCGUACCUAAAGUGUUAAGGUUAAGACAACUCUAAUGAUUCCAGAGGAAAGUAGUCUAUGGUAUUCAACAAUACACAAUAAUCUCGUGAUCACUUUUUAGUGUCAAUAAUUGAUCAUUCCACAAGCACCCCAGUACCCAAUACUCAUUUUCACGACACCAAAAACUGCACAUGCUCCGGAUCUCACCACACCAUGACUGAGAUCGUGAUGAACCAGACACCCCCUAUCCUUCAUGGACCGUCAGAGAAGGAGAAAAAAUACGACCGCCAGCUUCGUUUGUGGGCUGCUAGCGGCCAAGCAGCACUUGAGUCGGCAAAUAUUCUACUUGUUAACUCGGGCACCGGUACUGUUGGUAUUGAAACUCUGAAGAAUCUUGUGCUUCCAGGUAUAGGACGCUUCACAAUAGCAGAUGAGAGAGUCGUCGACGAGGCUGAUCUCGGAGUCAACUUCUUUUUGGAUGAAACUAGCCUUGGAAAGCAGCGCUCGCAAUGCUGUACACAGCUGCUCCAGGAGCUAAACCCAGAAGUUCGGGGUGACUGGUUUCCCAAGCAACAGGGUGGGCUGGAUGUCAAAGAGGUUCUCGCCAACUCCUCCACCUACACCCUUAUAAUGUAUACAAUGCCAAUCGAGCCCGACAACCUGGCUACGUUAGAAGCAUAUGCCCGCCAGCACAGCACGCCUCUUGUAGCAAUUCACAGUGCAGGACUCUACUCUUAUUUCAAGAUCAGUCUGCCUGGCGCUUUCCCAAUUGUUGACACACAUCCCGAGGUGGAGAAGACUGUGGACUUGCGCCUGACGCAGCCGUGGCCAGAGCUUGUUGAGUUUGCACAGGAAAUGACCCGAGAUAUCGAGAGUAUGAGCGAUCACGACCAUGGUCAUCUACCUUAUGUUGUCAUUCUACUUCACUACUUAGAGAAGUGGAAGUUGACGCACGGCGGCGAAUAUCCUACAGAGUACAAGGCAAAGAUUGAGUUCCGCAAGACUGUAGCCGCUGCUGCAAGGACCAAUAGUGCUGAGGGUAGCGAAGAGAACUUUACAGAGGCUGUAGCUGCAGUGAAUCGAAGUGUGAAGAAGCCCCAGCUUGAGUCAACACUCCGGGAAGUUUUUGACCAUCAACCUACUAAUGAGGCCGAAAGAAAUUCUUCAUUCUGGAAGAUUGCAAGUGCCAUCAAGAAGUUCCACGAGCAGCACGGCUGUUUGCCCCUUCCUGGUAGCCUACCGGAUAUGAAGGCCCAGUCUAAAGUCUACGUCAAGUUGCAGGGUAUAUACAAGGCAAAGGCUAGGAAUGACGCACUUGAAGUACUGGAGAUUACCAGAGCCACACCCGGUGGCAAAGAUAUUGACCCCGCGGAGGUCGAUUUGUUUUGCAAGAACGCAUCUUUCGUAAAGCUUGUUAAUGCUACGGCUAAUGGCCGAGAUUUGUCCAAGAUUUACGAAUCCGAGAAGGAAAAUGAUAAACUCGCUGAGGAUAUGAUGAUGCCUCUAUCAUCGCUACCCAUUUACCUCGCGCUUUCGGCAACUUCCCAUAAUCCUACUGCCUCAGCUGACGAAGUAUUGGCUAACAUUAACGGCAAGCUGCCAGGUGCAGCCGAUGAUAUGCGAGUUAAACAAGCUGCUCAAGAGGUGGCUCGAGCCGGCGGCGGCGAGCUUCACGACCUAUCCGCAGUCGUAGGCGGCAUGGUAGCACAAGAGGCGAUCAAAAUCAUUACCAAGCAGUAUAUUCCCAUUGACAACACGUGCAUAUUCGACGGCAUCAGCAGCCGAUGUCAGGUACUUUGCUUGUAGAGUUGGGCCCACUUUGAGUGGAGGUGGGUGAGAGAAGGGAGAAACUCCAAAGAUAGUCUACCGGCAUUCGCCUCAACAGAUCCGGAUUUAGCAUGGGGAGGUUUGAGGUUUGUGGAGACUUCUCCAGAGCCCGGAUGCUUGGCAUAUAGUAAAUGGCACUACAUCCACCCACCAUCUCAUGAUCAAGACAUACACUUCGGAUCGCAGGCCCUUGCAGUAACCUCGUCUCAUAGCCCUUGCAGCAAGACAAGGACAUCUGGAUCUGUAAACCGGCGAAAAUUGGCCCGCGUCACCAGACAACAGUUGCCUUCCUCUGCUUUUGCGAUAUCUAGCAUGUACUGCCGGGCUCUUGUUCAUGGGGUGGGGUGCUAAACGCGAUUGCCAUGACUGACUGGCAUAUUGUGAGUAUAUCGC